GUCUUGCACGCGCCCUACCUGCUUUUGGACGUCAUUCGCUUCAGUGUCACUCUCUCCCAAUAGCCACCGCCAUCCUCCACCGAAACCAUCCCGAAUCUCUUUGUUGUCGUGUAGCCGCUUUCGACAAAAGGUCGCCGCCAUCUGCUCACACCGCCCCCUCGACGACAACACCUCCUAUUCCCUCCUCGACUCCUCGACUGUUCGACUCCUCCCUUCUCCUCCUGCUUCAUCCCAGCUCCUCUACAAGAAAGGAGAAAGAAAACAUGAACGGAACAACAGAGAUCACCAACACGAACGGCGCAGAGGCAGGCCUGUUCGGCGACGACCUGCUCUCCCCAGACGUCGCCGCCGCCCUGCCAACCGGCUACAAGAUCCGUGCCCUGCGCCGGGCCGACUACCACGCCGGUUUUCUCGACUGCCUGCGCGUCCUGACCACCGUCGGCGACAUCAGCGAAGACCAGUUCUCGGGGCGCUUCGACUGGAUCAGGCGGCAGGAUGGAAGCUACUACGUCCUGGUCAUCGAGGAUGGCGAAGGCAGGGUCGUCGGGACGGGUGCGCUGAUCGCCGAGAGGAAAUUUAUACACAACCUCGGCCUGGUCGGUCACAUCGAGGACAUCGCCGUCGCCAAGGACCAGCAGGGCAAGAAGCUGGGCCUCCGCCUCAUCCAGGCCCUUGACUUUAUCGCCGAGAAGAUUGGCUGCUACAAGACCAUCCUCGACUGCAGCGAGGCCAACGAGGGCUUCUACAUCAAGUGCGGCUUCAAGCGGGCUGGGCUAGAGAUGGCCCACUACUACCAAAAAGAGUCGAGGCUAUGAUGAAACCGUUGGUCGAUGAUGAGCGGCUCAUCUAUUUUGAGAACCCCCAUUUUCUGUUGCCCUGACACGGCAGAUUCGUUCCAUAUGAUGGGUACAAAGCGUGGUAAUCUUUGUGGUACAUAAAGCGGCGUUUCAAUCAUGAUUUAGAAUGAAUUUUGAGCUCAUACAUGCCGGCGGGGAGUCGGCUUCAAAAUAGAUACGAUUUACAGGCGAAUGACUUACUUCCUGGUCCAG